CUGGCUCCUGAGAGGGAUGAGACUAGUGCUUUCUUCCGUCUCCUCCUCCUCCUCCUCCUUCCUCCUCUUCCUCCUCCUCCUCCUUUGCACGUGCUUCUUUUACCACACUGGCUUUCAAGCUGGCGUGUGAAAUGUUCUUAUUACCUGUCGAGUCAGCCUUACAGGAAACCUCAGCUAAACCAGGUCACCCAGAGCAUGUCCCAGUUUCUUCUCCACUUGAGUUUUAUAGCAAGACUUUUUCGUUGGUGGAGAAGGUGUGCGUAUGUGUUUGUGUGUGUGUGUGUGUGUGGGGGAAACACGGUCAGACGCUGUCUGGAGGAAACAUGAAUGAGGCAGGGGAAUUCAAUGUGCCUGGGAACCAGAAGGUGUAGCCAUGUUCCCGCGGCCCAGCUGAGCUCCAGCGCGGCACCCCAUGGGGAGCCCCACGCCAAGCGCCCUCCUGCUCCCCACUGCUUUUCUGCUGAGCCUUCUGCCUGCUGCACCGCGGAGUCACCUGCCGCUCGCCCACCUGCAAGUCUUCACCAACUUUGAUUGCAGAGCAAAUGUGCAUGGUGCCCUACCCAAACCUCGAUGCCAGCGGAAGCUCCGGGAGAGCCCCUCCUUGCCUCUGCCCAUGCUUGCCCUAAAUGCAGUUCAGCCAUGCCAACAACCUGGAUGCCAGAUGUGUGUCCGUAUCCAGUUGGCUCUAAACGCUACAGGCAUCAGAGGGCUGGAGCUGAAUUUUUUGGUUCUAAGAACUAACCACUUUGGCCGGCUUCAGGUCUUUAAGAAGCAGAGAAACCAGGAAUAUACAGGGACAUUGUGGCAGGUGCAUCUCGAGUGUUUCCCAGUGAAGAGUGGCCAGCAGGUGCUUGUCUCACUAGAAACUGUUCCUGCUGGGGUGCUGAGGCUCAACCAAAGCCUUUUCGUCACUAACAAGCAGUCAGGACCUGAAUUUCACUACACCUGGUUGCCAGGAGAAAAAGCCUUUGAGGUGUCUGUUCCUGAGGGCCCUGCCAUCAUGGUGCGCCUCUGCCAUCAGUUGGCUCUGGAGUGUGAAGAAUUGCACCAACCUUUCCACAAGCAGGCCCUGGUCUCCAGAAAUCACCCUGCUGUGCUGCCAUAUGAGCUUCUCCUUCCUUGCUUAUGUAUUGAGGCAUCGUAUGACCAUCUGGAUAGCUUGCGGAAGAAGGUUUGCCCAUUCCAGGAUCAGCCAGAGAUCUUUGGCAAAGAUCUUUGGUCAUCCACACAGUUCCAAGAUAGCAGUAACAGUGAGAAGAGCGAGAUGAGUAUGCUUUUGCGUGGUCGCUGCCUGGUCCAACCCAAGGCUUCCCUUUGUUGGAAGGAAAACAUCUCGCCAGAAGCAGUUUGUCGAGACAUCCCCAAUUCCACAAUCACCAGAUCGGGCCAGGAAUACAUCUUGGAAGGGGUUGAUGUGCAUCCCCAGCUCUGCUUCAAGUUCUCGUACAAGAACUCAAGCCACAUUAAGUGCCCUCAUGAGGCUGGCCCUGCCUGGACGGUCUCUCUGAGUGUCACAUUUUUGCAGCUGCACUUAAGCUUCAGUUCCCGCAUUCCAUCCUCCUUCAGUUCAGCCCAUUGUCAGCUGAAGUCUUCUGACCAGUGUGAGCCUGAACCCCCCGUCUAUACUAUCACACAUCUAGCGGGAUCAGCCCUGGCAGAUCUGGACCUCAUCCUUCCCUGGCGGUCCUUGAAUCACUGUGUACUGGUCUGGCGUUCAGAUGUGCGCUUUGCUGGCAAACAGCGUCUCUGCCCAGAUGUUUCACAUAGGCACUGGGGCCUCCUGGCCUUUGGAGUGAGUCUUACACUGGGAUUGCUGGUUGCCAUCGUUCUGCUGCUCCGUUGGGGUCUUCACAGGCUACGUAAAGAUGCACCGAGCAGGCACCCUUCCCGUCCCAUCUUGCUGAUCUAUUCUCCUGAUUCAGAAGAGCACAAGAAGUUGGUGUGUGCCUUUGCUGCCCUGCUGCGCUCCGCACUGGGAUGCCCUGUUCUCUUGGACCUCUGGGAGCUGGGCCUUGUGGGGCGACUGGGCAUCUUGCCCUGGAUGUACGCCCAACGAGAGCACGUCGGCCGGGAGCAAGGCCAGGUGCUCCUCCUGUGGAGUGCAGGGAGUGCGCGUGCCUACGCACUCUGGCGAGGGAAGGCGAGUGGAGAGGGCAGGAAGGCGCCAGAACCCCAUGACCUUUUUGGGGCAGCCAUGGCUUGCUUGCAAGGCGAACUCCAGGGUGUAUCAGGAACUGUGAAGAGAGACUGGGUCAUAGCCUACUUCAGUAAACUGUGUGGCCGGCGGGACAUCCCCCGUGCGCUGCGCUUUCUUCCCCGCUACCGCCUGCCUCAGGAACUACCAGGACUCGUCAAGAUACUGCAGGGCCCGUCCACCUUAGCACCCAGCUGGCUCCAUGCAAGUGCCAAGGCCUUAGUGUACCGCCUGCUGAAGGCAGAGAAAAAGAAAGCACCAAGGAACUGGCUGUAUCGAUCCUGGAGGACACCCACCGAGAGGUUUACAGGCUCCCUGGUCCCUUUCACUCAUCCAAAGCUGCGUCGGCCAAGCUGCACUUGAACGGCGAUUAAGAGAUACGUGCAUUUUCGCUGGAGGAGUGUGGGUUGGGAAUCUGAGCAGCCACCCAGGUUACUCGUGACAAAGCGGCCUGAGAAAUGGAACCGAGAAAGUCAGGCAUCAGUAGCCUGCUGAGCCGUGAGUCCAGUACUGCAAAAAAGGAAGGGCCGAAAUCAGCAAAAUAUCUUAGCUAUUGAAAGGCUGGUUGACAGGUAGUCCUGCCCUCCUACGCUAGCAAUGGCAACUGUUGCCAUGGAGAUGCCCAGUGCAGGAUAAGUUAGUACAAGCAACACGCAAGGGUAAGGAAAGGCAAGAAGGCCUUGGCACUGAAAGAUGGGUUGUGCAAUAUAAAUGUCUGUGUCGUCAUCUGUAAUUCAUGCAGUGGACCCAAAAGCUGCAGUUUCUGAGAAAGUGUCCCCCCCAGAGGACAGGCGCAGCAAUGCCAGUUGUACUGACAGGUCCUUGACCACGCGCAGGAAUGUCUUUAUGAUUUCAUCUGGUGAAUUGGUCAGAUUGAAUUCUGACAUUGCUCAACAGUUGGGUCAGAAGGGCUGUCACUCCCUUUAGAGCUGUAGCCAGAUUUGGUCUAGCCAGAUACGUGAGGUGCUCAAGAAUAUAAUGGGGGUCCGUGUCCCUUUCUGAGCAAAUCUCUUAUUUUACCUGUGGAGACAGAAAGAAUUAAAUUAGCAUUCUAGCCAUUUAUACUCUGAGACGUAGUACAGUGAGAUGACUGUAAACAUUAAUCCACCUGUAUUUUCAUCCUCGCUAACAGUCUGCCUCUCUUCGGCGUCUCCUGUCUUUAAAAAAAAAAAGGAACUAAGCAAACAUGUCACUGAGGAGUUUUGUAGGGCACUCUUGUUGUAUUGCGUGUGUUAAACUCAUUUCGUACGCAAGUCGUACAUCUGUUCCUGUUUUUCUGUUUUCCUUACAACAGGAUAAUAAAAUGACAUUUAUGAAUAGUGCAUAUUCAGGGCACUUGUACUAUUCACCUGCAGGGCACACGAAGCAUGGAUAUCAUACAGUGUGGUUUCCUAGAGUCACAGUUUCUCACUUGAACACAUAUCUGGGCUUUCAAGGUACAUUUGAGAACUUACAGGCCUUAUUGUA